AUGAUCGAGAUAACCUCUUCAAGAGUUGCAGCCACAACGUUAAGUUUGCUUCGACUCCUCGGAUCGCUCCUCCUCGAUCCUUCUACAACCAUGCCUCCCAAAGGUUUUAGGAGGAAAGGUACCGCCCACAACAGCGAUGAUUCUCCCACUCCUCCGGUACCUUCAUUAGCAGAGCAGUUCUCAUAUAUGAAUGAACCACGCCCAUUCAAGAAUCCCGACUAUGUGAAGACCCCCAAUCGGAGAGCCAAGACCUUGAAAAUUCUGCUGGCUCAAGAGCGCGAGCGAGAUCGUUUAGAUAGAGAGAGGAGACGGCAAGAGAAAGAAGAUAAUAUGGAUGUGGACGGAGAACCGAGCAAUGCCACUCUGGAAGAGGAUAUACCCACAUAUGCUUCUAUUGAGGCACCACCUUCUGUUCUACCACAGAGGCGCUAUUGCGAUAUCACAGGGUUGGAGGGACCGUACACGGACCCGGCAACUGGUCUGCGAUACCACGACAAGAGUAUCUAUGAGCUAAUCAAGGGACUGAGUGCCACCGCUGCAAACGAAUACCUUUCUGCGCGUGGGGUGAACCCAGUUGUGAAGUAG